UAGCCAAUGAAAGAGUCUUCAACGAAACUCAGGAAAAACGCCUAUUUGUUUCCCCCAGAAUUUAACCUGUCAGGCAAUAGUUGAUAAUAAUUCGUGAUUCCCGGUAGCCCCUCUUACUCCGGGUUAUAUCAAGAUUUUGCGGAGGUUGACAGGCAACUUCGUCGUCGGUGUGUCAGGCCUCAUGGUCAGGCCUCAUACUCUCUGAACACUGACCACAGGAGACGACGGUGGAGAGGAAAAUCAGUAAUGCAUUGAGGCGACAAUGGAGACCGCAGACCAUGCCACCGAGGGCGACCCUCUGAAGAGGGGAGAGGAAGGGGCAGAGACAGGAACAGCACCAUCAGCGACAGAGCUGAAGAAGAAGAAGAGUUGUAAGGAGGCUUUAGGCUUUGCCAAACUGACCCACUGGCGAACUGCAGUCUUCUUCCUCUCCCUGUUCCUCUGUCUCACCAUCGUGUUUGCCUUCUCCUUCAUCAUUCCCUGUCCGGUCAGACCGCAGUAUCUCGUGUCCUGGAACAGGACUUUCUCCGAAGCGGCGACCUUUGACUUCCUGGCUGUCGAAGCUGCAAGCAGAGACAAGGUGCUGGACGCCCUGUUUGUCCUCGAAACGAGAGAAGGCAGCCCGAACAACACGUGUGCUGAUGCAGGUCUGCCUUCGCCAUGUGUGUUUGUGUUAGCGGUGGAUGGGACAGAUGGAGAGACGCUGUGGGAGCGUCCACUGCAUCCCGAGUUCCACUGGGCCCAGUGCGGCCUGGAGAAAGAAUCAAGCAGAACCUGGGACUGCCUGCUGUCCCAUUCUGACCAGCUAACAGCCAUUGACAAAUACUCUGGGGAAAUCUGUUGGCAGCAGCCUCAUCCCUCUGGUCUGCACAGCACGGUGCCUGUUCUGAGCAUCCCCGAUCUGGAUGGAGACAAGGUCGACGAUCUGGCUCUGGUGGCAUCUGAUAAAACACAGACCCAGCUGGUUUUCCUCUCAGGGAAGACGGGUGUCCAGAUCGGUUCCACGGUGACUCUCGACUCCACAGAGACACACCAACAUCUUCUCCAUCGCACAACAGAGGGUUCUCACUACGUACUGCUCCAAAAAGACACUGGCCUGUAUGGGCUGGCACUGUGGAGGAUUGCUACCAAGGCUAAAGCAGGGAUGGAGGUCAGCCUCAAGAAGGAUAAACACUGGGAGAUAAAAGCUAGUGCCACAUCUGGCCUGGUACCCAUCUACGAGUCUGACUUGGUGAGACAAGUGGUCAGAACAGAAGACAGAGACGAUUCAUCCAACCUGCUGCUUGUGUCUUGGAAGGAGGUGGCAUUGGUCGAUGGAAAAAGUCUGCAUCUACUGUGGCGAUAUAAUACCAGCUCAGUCCUUGGCGAACCCUCGUUUGGUCACUUUAACAAAGACAGUUUACUUGAUGUUGUUGUUGAGGACAAUAUCGGCAACUACACGAAGAAGAUAAUCAUUCUUGAUGGGGAGUCUGGUGCUGUGCUGUGGGAAGUCAGUCUUUUGUCCACUCCGAACGCACCAAGGCCCAACUCAAUACACACCAGCAACUUCGUUUCAAUCUUUGUGUUUUGGGGCAUAGUGCCCUCAGAGACCAACUCUUCAAUCCCUUUGACCAGUGACCAACGGUCUUACAUGCUGCACCCGCUCUACUCUCAAGUUCUUCUCGAGUCCGCCAAUGUCCUGGACCACAUCGUAACAUUUAAAGCCACGCUGUUGGAGCGUGGACGCCACGCUGCCUACUUCCUGCUUACAGGUCCCGAGACAGAGGGGGACGAAGACACUGUGGUCCUCAGCAAGCGAAAGCUGAAGCAGGACGUCCCUUCCAGCAAAGUACUGCGUAUUGGCACUGGAGGAGGCUCAGAGACCAAUGAGUACAUCCUAGAGGCCUUCAACCGACUCCGCUUCAGUGACGAGUGAAAGGGCUUGGGCUUUAUAAAACCAAAGUGUGUGCACUUGCUAUGACUUUCAUACUGCUUACAACCCCAAAGAUUCCUUUGUGUUUAGAGAGUUGGGCUGACGUGAUCUCACAGAGUUCUUCCAUUUGUCGCUGGACAAACUGGGCAUUACCUAUCUUCCGACUUGACUGUACACACACUACCACGAGUUAGAUUUGAUCUAGUGUCCAAAUAGCUACUUGUUCUCCAACAUUUACUGUGCACAGAUGCUGUUUCUCCUGCUGAUGAAUCAAGAGGCAGGUGCCUUGCUGUUUUGUUUGUAGCACUUCAAUGCAUUGCUCUUUUUAUUUUUACGAGGCUGGAUUAUUAUGUGGAUCUAUGCAACUGUAUGUGUCUCUGUGCUUUAAAGGUCGCAGCCCUGCGCUACCACAGCCACUAGUUCCUGUGUAUUCCAAAAAUAAUUUAUAAGAUCAUGCAGAGUUUGGGUUACUUUUCUUUUGAUUAAACUCUCUCAACCUGUACCAUGAAACGGACAGUUGUAUGGUGAAACUUGAACAGAAUCACCACGAACCUUAAAGUACACACUGUGAGGUUACAUUUUUUUUUGUGGCGUAUUCUGUUUGCAAAAGUAUCAGAGUCUUGUAGUCACUGGUACUGUUGUCAAUAAUCAAAAUGUGUGUUACUUAAUCCAAGAUGCUGUAACGGUGAGUUAACCUUUGAUGCAAUCGAUCGAUCAAUGCUGAGGCUUAAAGGGUCGCCGUCAUGUACCGAGUUACUGCUGUGGUCCGCCUGCUCCGUGUGAAGCACAGUCUUUUCUUUGUGAUUUCUAUUAGCGGAAGAGAUUCUGGCUAUUGUUACACAUCUAUAUAUAUAUUGAGCCUGUCGGGCAGGCCUGUGUCGGAGCUGGCUGUUUUUUCUUGACUUGAUAUGUUUGAAUAUGAGCAAUAUUAAACAGUUUCAAAAUAA